AUGGCAGUUGUGAGCGCGGAAGUGCCAUCGGCAAAUGGGCCAGGCAGUCCGGGUGGAUCUGGAUCUGGACCUGGCUCUUAUUUGCCUCGAAUAGAUCAGUUUUACAUCCCUGAGUGGCUUACCAUGCAGUUUGUGUUGAACAACAUGAUCAGUUUUACACCACUGCUUUCGUAUGGUACAACCGUUAUGAGCAUUCAAAAAUCCAAAACCGCUCUUGGAUUCUCUAUAGACAUCUGUGCAACCAUGCUGUUGGCCAGCAUUCUGCGCAUCUCAUAUUACCUCAUUACGCCCUACGACGUGGUCCUCCUGCGACAGUCUUUGGUGAUGAUUGUCAUCCAGUUGGUUUUACUACGAACCAGUCUUCACUAUAGACCCGAGGAGUACAAAUACGACAAACUGACACCCGUGGAAUCGUUCGCGCAAUUAUUUCACGACGUGUGGGUCGAGUAUUUUCCACUCCAUUCUUUUGGAUCCGACUGGAAACAGCUGCUGAAAUCUCUGUCCUUGAAGGGUCUUCUCCAGUUUGUAUACAAGUUAUGUCUUGUGGUGGUCUACAAGUUUCUGAAGUUUUUCGAUCCAAGCUAUCGCCGUUACGGCUCGUUUUGGCAAUGGAACCGUGAGAUCAGCUUUUGGAUGUUCCUAUUGUACUUCUCCACUGCUCAACUAACAGUCACAUUAUUUGUGGCCAAGUUAAUGCAUUGGACGUCCCUCGCACAGACCAUAGGAUCGGCAAUUGGAUCACUGGGUCUCUUCAUUGAAUCCUUGUUGCCUCUACCUCAGAUCUCAAUUCUGAAUAAACUCAAAUCCGUGCAAGGCUUCAAACUUAUCCUACUAGUGAGUUGGCUCUGCGGCGACGUCAUGAAAAUAGGCUAUUUGGUUUUUGGCGCAAGCAACAUAUCCCCGCUUUUCUUAUUUUUCGCUUUGUUCCAGAUGUCUCUGGAUUUUUACAUUGCGGGGCAAUACGUUUACUACCGUUUCUACUCUCCAAACGAAGCGGAAGACAAUACUUCGCAUGAGUCAAUUGAGCUCUCGUCGCUGAGUUCAGCACAAGCAAAAACGAUUGAUUCAAAUCAUCAUUAA